AUAAUGUCAAAAUGAAAACUAGACACACGUACGUGGAACGAGGUUAUUAGUUUGAAGUAUGCAACGUUCUUAUACAUUAUUAAAUUUUAUAGAAAAGGAACAAUGAAAGUGUUAAUUAAAUUUGCGUUAAUUUUUUACCUAUGUUUAGUUUUAGUUAAAGGUCAAAGGGCACCCCCAGGUGUUCCACCACAACAUUAUCAGGCACAGCAACAGUAUCAACAACAAGUUCCGCAACAACAGUACGGACAGCAACAUGUACAGUAUCAACAAGUACCCGUACAGCAACAAGUGCCUGUUCAACAACAAGUCCCAGUCCAACAGCAGGUGCCUGUUCAACAACAGGUGCCUGUUCAACAACAAGUUCCCGUUCAACAGCAAGUCCCUGUUCAACAGCAAGUGCCAGUUCAGCAACAAGUUCCUGUUCAACAACAACAAGGACAUCACCAUCACGGACGUCCCCAACAAGUAUUAAAUGCCGCCAAUGUUGCCCAAGAAGCUCAGCAUAUUGCUGAGCAUAUGGAGGUGCCAAUUGACACAAGCAAAAUGUCGGAACAAGAAUUACAGUUCCAUUAUUUUAAAAUGCACGAUUCCGAUAAUAACAACAAAUUAGAUGGAUGUGAAUUAAUAAAAUCUCUCAUACAUUGGCACGUUGAUGAUAAAUCCGAAGAACUGGAAACUGUACCAGAUGAUAAACUGAUGGAAUUAGUUGAUAACAUGCUCAAACUUAUGGAUAAGAAUAACGACGGUUACAUAACUUACCCAGAAUAUCGUACCUAUUCUGUCAAGAGUAAUUGAAAUUUCAUGUUGUUAAGUUUUCCUUCAUUACAUAAAUAAUUUCCAUUAUUUUUACGUUGUAAUCUUACAUUACGUCCAUUUUGGUUGUGUAAUUUGUACAUAUUGGUUUAGUAUAAUAUGAAUCUGUAGAAAUUGCAGUAAUUUUUCUAAAUAAAUUGUUACUUUGUACUUUAAGUUA